UUUACAUGUUUAAUUAUUUAUCUAAAAUGUUUUUACUUCAGCUUGUAUUGACGGCGUUACUUGUUGUUCAGGGAAAUGCCGUGUGCAGUUUUCCAUGUGAACAGCAGGAAAGAGGACAGUACAUGUUUAUCGUUGGUGGUUCCUCCAGUUUGACAGCGAAUGAAUACUUCCGCAAUCAAUCUCACUUAGUGCGUCUUUUGCCAUCUGGGGAAUUUGCUGAAUGUUAUGUCAGAUCGGGACCAUUUCUUAUUGCUCGACGACGUGGCAAUGAAUUCACAUGUGUCAAACGAAUGGCUGUGGAUCCAACUGGGGGAAUUGUAGUAUGGUAUGGGCUACCAUUCAGAAGAUUUAGAUCGAAUCCAUCGGUGUGUGAAAUUUGCUAUGGGACAAAUGAAUGGAGCGCUACUCUUCUGUUGGCAAACGAUUUGAGACAUAAGAGGAACCAGAUAAGAAGAUCUGUAAAAAUACCACCAAUGGGAUGCAAUGUGCCAAAGAACUGCCCUAUUCGUAACCCGAGAUUAGAUAUUCCUUGUACUGGAUGUGAACGAGUUGAAGAUGAUGGCCUUUGUUGUGCUAGAGACAGAAGACGUCGUCGUUAUUAUUAAUGUUUUAUUCGCAUUUAAUGGGACGCUACGCGAAAAAUGGGCUACUUUGAUUAAACUUUAUUAAUUUUU